AUUCCCCGAGGGAAGUUCCCAAAACUCAACCGGGCCAUGUAAAACAUACGUUGCCAUAUCCUCUCCGGCGCCUCGCGACUCUGCAUCUGGAGAUUGAGGCGACGACGCUGCGUCGGUGUCAAAGCCCGGUUUUACAAAAAAAAAAAAAAAGAGAAAAAAAAGUUGGGGGGGACUUGGAUUGUUUUGCUCCGAAUGAAGGGCUCAUGUCUGCUGUGUCAGGGAUGAUUGUGGAGCACACGGCAUGGAAAAGAACAUCGGAGACCAGCUCAACAAAGCCUUUGAAGCUUAUCGCCAGGUCACCAUUGAAAAGGACAAUGCUAAAAGGGACCUGGAACAAAUGAGUGAACACUAUGAGCGAUAUACUCAGAAACUUCAAAAGCAGAUCGAGGACCAGCAGCAGUUGAUUUUAAAACUUGAAGCUAAGUUAUCAGCAAAAAGGAAACCAUCAGGGGAGAUGAAAUGUGAGCCUUGCAACCAUCUCCUUGAUGCGGCCAGCGCUUAUAAGAAAAUGCAGCACCCGGAGAAAACUGGUACUGUUGCUUCUAGUUGUCCAGUCAACAGCAGCUUUGACUAUCAGGACAUGCUGAAUGCAUUUGAAGCCAUUCAAGGGAAAUUCCGGCAGAUUCGCUCUCUAACCAGGAGACAAAAAGAUCAUCUGAAAAGGUUCCAUGGAGGAAGCGAUGCAUCAAGCGAUCAGUGGUUCUCCAUGCCCAUCCAGUGCACGGACCGCACGGCAGAGGCAGAGAGGCCCUUUCCCCCGCCGCCGAGGCCAGCGGCGGCCGUCCCGCUGCCGCCCACGCCUCUGGCGUCUCGCUGCGCCAGCCCUGAAGACAAAGACCUAGAAGACUCUCUCACCAAACUCAGUGUCAAAUUCCCACCCUCCGCGGACAGCGAAUACGACUUUCUGAACAGUGCGCCGGAGAGACACGCCGGCCUGGCCGUGUUCCUGCAGCGGCCUCCCCGCAGUGUCCCCUCCACGUUGACGGAAGAGGAGCCCGUGGAACUGCCCCUGCCUUUUGUCUACCCUCCAUCCCCCACCCACGCCGCAUCAUCCUCGCUCUCCCAGGAGAGCGUGCGGGGACCCCAGCAGCCUCUCUGGAGCCCCCAGCUGGGUGAUGCGGUUGACGUGGGAACAGAGCUGGCGACGCCUCAGAGCAGCAGUCCUGAUAAAUGUGCUUUCUGCCACGCCGUGGUUCCUCAGGACCGAAUGAACAGCCACCUCUACUCGCAUUGCUCCACUAAGAACGAAGCCGACAAUUGCCGGUGAAGGCAGAGACUGACGGCUCAGGGGCCCCGACUGCUCCGGUACUUACUGUAUUGACGGUCUAGUCCUUCCUGCCUGGAAGAACAUGCGCCGUACUGGAUUUGAAAGGACACUGCAGGACUUGGAUCCAUUUAUUUAAUAUUGAAGAAUUGAGUUCUACACUUUCUUGCCCAUUAUAUUCUUCAAAUGUCACACUGAGAUUUAACUCUAGCCUAAGUGACGACGAUGCAUAACAUGAAAUGUGUGUAUAUAUAUAUAUAUAUAUAUAUAUAUAUAUAUAUAUAUAUAUAUAUAUAUAUAUAUAUAUAUAUACUGUAUAGGGGCAAAUAAAGCAGCUGUUAUAUCUUUUUUAUCAUUUGGAUCUAUUUUUAAUAUGGAAACUUGAAACAGGUUGUGGUGCAAGGCCAUGAAGUGUAUUAAUACAUAAAUAUAUAACGUGUU